CCUAUUCGCAUCGGAAUGAGAGCUGCUCUGGUGAUUUGUGUACUGGCUGUGGCCAUUUCGGUUACCCUGGCCCGCACCAUGGAUAGGUGUUCCCUGGCCAGGGAGAUGUACAGGCUCGGAGUGCCCAAGAGUCAGUUGGCCAGGUGGACCUGCAUUGCCCGGCACGAGAGUGACUAUCGCACCCAUGUUGUGGGACCCCCCAACUCGGAUGGAUCCAACGACUACGGCAUUUUCCAGAUUAACGACCGCUACUGGUGCCAACCGGCCAGUGGAAAGUACUCCUCCAACGGCUGCAAUAUAAAUUGUAACGAACUUCUGACCGACAAUAUUAGGAAUUCUGUGAGAUGUGCCCAAAAGGUCCAAGGAGAACAGGGCUGGACAGCCUGGGCCACCUGGGAGUACUGCAGCGGGCCGCUGCCAUCGAUUGAUGACUGCUUCAACUGUAACUCAUACGAAAGAGAUCUAUGAGCAAGUGUUUAUUUAUAAACACAAUGGAAACCAAUUCACACUUAAAUAUACUUUUGUUUGAGCAAUUGUAACGAA